AUGUGUGUGUACCUUCCUUUUGCGCUCAGUAGUAGUGCAACAGUGGACACCGACGCAAGUGCCAGCACAACCACACCAGGCGAGACUAACAGCAAAGACUCAGGGCCAGAUCAGAACCCGCCGGUUGACCCUAGAGUCAAACUACUGAGUGACCAUCCCACGUUUCUUCCCGAAUUGGCGGCCAUCUUCAUCCCUGUUGUCAUGGCAAUGCCCGACUACUCCUUCGGCGCACGUGCGCGCACAGAGUCAGCACGUGUUCUGAAUAAAGUCCUGUACUUCUCUACGGCAUCGGAGCUGAAGAAGUCACUCAAAGACAUAGCCGUGUCCAGCUAUCUGGCUGCGCAACUGGCGAGGAAGAGCGAGAGUGAGGUGCAGCAAGGUCUGCAAAUGGCCUCGACACUCAUGAACAAGAUGCCAGACGUGUUUGGGUUUUAUUUUCAAAGAGAGGGUGUAGUGCAUGAGAUAUGUCGUGUCUACGAAGCAUACGAGCGCACAGGGACAGACAGCACAGCGACAGAUGAAGGCGAUGCAAAGGAGGACGGGCAUGUAGACGACAAGAAGGACAAGAAGAAAGAUAAGGACAAAGAUAAAGACAAGGAGAAGGGAAAAGAUAAGGACAAAUAUAAGGACAAGGAUAAGGAUAUGGAUAAAGAUGUGCACAAAGACAACGACACCGACAAGGGCAAGGAGACGGAGAGAAAUGCGACGGAGAAGAUCAAAGGGAAGAAGGAGAAGGAAACUGCCAGAGACGACUCGAGUGGCGAUGGCAAGGACAAGGAGAAGAAAAAGGACAGCAAAGACAAG